AUGGUGGCUCACUUAAGGUUUCAUGGCUACGAAACCACCGUCAGUGGAUACGUGUAUUUGUGGUGUUUCAAUGCCAUUUGUUUUACCGUUGCAUGUCUUUUUACCGUCAUCUUCUGGUUUCGACGUUCUCUCCGAAGACACUAUCCGUUUGUCCUGACGAUCCUCAUCUGUGCUUGCCUCAAGUGCUUUGCCGUGCAGCUGCGUUUGGUCGUCUACUACGUGUACCUGACGAAGAACGUCAAGCUCGACCUUUGGGACCCGGCGAAGAAAUGUCUUUUUCAGCUUCAUUCCGUACUUUACCUGCUGACCUAUCUGUUCCAGACGAAGAUAUACUUCUACCAACUGAUCGAUAUUCUGCUGAAAAACCUCAGACCGCGGCUACAUGAGCGUCUUCUUGCCACCAUCAACAGAUGGAAGCUGGUCGUACUGACCGUUGGUUUCGACCUCGUGACAACUGUGCCGCUGGUCUUGACGUCAGUCAUGUCAACCGAAGUAACUGCAUCCAACUACUGCAGAGUAGCCAUGUUCUCUAGGAUUAAAGUUAUUAAUACUACGCUGAAGCUGGCCGCGUCCAUGAAUAUCCUGACGUUGUCCAUUUCGCUGUCGUUCGCUUGCUAUCUGUUCAAACGGCAUUUCAGCCAAAGUGGACGGCGGAUGGACCAGCUGGCGACAAGCGUCUGGUUGUUCAGUGCUACAUUUUUGGACACGAUUACCAUCGCAGGGACUCAAUAUCUGUUAAUGAUGCUACAGAUGCAGGAGAUCAGAAAAAUCAUCAGCGAGGGCUCAUUUCUUUUCUUUUCCGAAGAAAUCUGGCUCACGGUGAAAAGUCUGCUCGUGGUCAUUUACUUGCUAACCAAUCGCAGCUUUAAUAUCGUUGCGAAACAGUUCUUUUGUGGAACCUCACAGAAAACCAGGGAUGCCAUGACAGCUGCCCUUCAACGUCGAGGAGCUGCCGAACCUGAGGACACAGACGACGAACUGGAUCUCGAGUUUUAG